UAUAACAAUUUGAUGAGAGCAGAGUACAGGUGUCAUGACUGAUCAUAGGGGCAUGCAGCUUAUUUAGCUUUUUUUUUAUUUUGGAUCAUAAUAUUAUAAUUUUAGCUUAAAACUGUGGAAAACUAUAAAACGUUUCUGACCAAACAAUGGCAUCAUCAUUACAAAUCAUCCGCUUAAUAACAGUUGCUGUGAGCUUUUUGUCUGUAAUGGGAAACAAGGACAGACGUGUCAACAUGAACUGCUACAACAAACCAGUGAACCAGACCACAUUUCUUGGUGCCUCGGCUACCAUCAACUGCAACUAUACAAGAGUUAAAGAAAGUGGAAUCAAAUCCUUUUGUAGAGAAGAUGCAAGCUCUUAUUGCAAUAAUCUGAUAUCAUCUUAUGACUCAAAUUACACCAGACUAGACAGAUUUUCUCUCAGAGAUGAUAAACAGCAAAGAGUCUACACUGUGAUCAUUUCUGCACUGACCCAACAAGAUGCUGGAAAAUAUCAGUGUAGUAUAAAAUCUGGUACAUCCACUUCUUGUUUAACUGAGAUCCACCUCUAUAUUUUGAACUGGGACGAUCUUAAACCACAUGAAAUAGUUGGUGUUACUUCAGAGACUGCAACAAUUACAUACCUGGUCUACCAUGCUAAUGUUGACUUUCAGAAGGAUACCAAUGUCAAUCUUCCUGCAGACAUAGUCCACUAUGCCACUGUGGAUUUCCAAAAAGAUGAAAGAAUGCUUCCUGUCACUAGUGAAAAUGGCUCUACUCCCAUGGGACAAGAUGUCAUCAGUCCUUCUGCAGACAUGCUUCAGUAUACCACUUACCAGUGGUGA